ACAAAUUGAAACAAUAUGAGAUCCUUAGCGCUUUACAUCCUGGAUUUUCUUUGUGUUGCUACUCCUAACAUUGAAGGCAACCACCUGUGUUUCUCAUCCUCAGAUUCAGACGUCCAUUCUUACAAAAACUUCAUCCAACAAUUACGACAAUAUUUCACCAUAAACACUUCUAUACUCUACGAUAUACCCAUCUUGAAACACUCUGUGCCUCCUUCUCAACGCUUCCUCACCAUCAACCUCGACAAUCCCUAUGGGGAAGACAUCUUUGUAGCGGUAGACGUGCUAACUCUUAGACCGGUCGGGUACCGCUCAAACGACACCUCCUAUGUCUUUUUCGAUGCCCCCCGGGUAGCUUUUGAGACCGUCUUCCCCUCCACUUGUCGGGUUCUAUUGGGUUUCAAUAGCGACUUUGAAUCCAUAGAGAACGCUGCUGCUACUUCCAGACUCGACACGCUCCUUGGGUUAGCUCCGUUCGAGUCGGCCGUCUCCGACUUGUUUCAUUACCGUCAAGACUUGUCCCUGUCUCGUUCCUUGUCAUCAUUCAAAUUUUUUUUAGAAGCAACCAAAUUCAAAUUCAUUGAGCAAAGUGUUGUUAAUAGCUUGAAGAAUGGCGUACCCUUCAAACCUACCCUCGCAAUUCUUAGUUUACAAGAUAAUUGGGCCAAGCUUUUGCAAAUCCAAGCAUCUUCUUCACUACAAGGACUAUUUAGAGAGCCCAUUGAGCUUUACGAUUCAAAUCACAGAAUCAUCCAAGUGGAUAGCAUAUAUUAUCCAAUUAUAAUUCCUAACAUGGCUUUGCAGCUAUACCAAUGCAAUAUUGGUACAAAUUUUAUAAGGAUGCCUAGCGUUGGAGGUGACCCAUGCUACGUUCAAACACGAACUGCACGCAUUAGUGGGCUAGAGGGGUUUUGCGUUGAAGCAGACAAUAAGGGUUGGAGUGAUGGCAAUCCGGUCAUUUUGUCCCCAUGUGGAGAGCAAUUAACACAAAGAUGGAGUUUUCAAAGCGAUGGGAGAAUUGGGUAUUCGGGAAAGUGCUUGAGCUUUAAUCUCUCCAGCUAUGUGGUUACUUACAAUUGUAGUGAGGGUGCAGCAGGCAGCAUUAGAUGGAAAGUGUCAGUGGAGGGGAUGAUCAGCAACCCCAACUCUGACCUUGUGUUGACAGCCAACGCAUCAAGGAGAAGCGCCAUGCUGACGGCGGAGCCCAACGCAAAGACACUUGGGCAGAGUUGGAGAGUGGGAAAUUACGUUUGGCCAAUUGUAGGUUCCAUUAUAGGGUUGGAAGAGACGUGUUUGGAGUCGAUGGAUAACAACGCAAAGGUUUGGUUGGAGAAGUGUGUGGAGCAGAAGGCAGAGCAAUAUUGGGCGCUUUACAGUGAUGGAAGUAUAAGAGUAAAUAGUAGCCGUAAUUUCUGCGUGUCGGCAGCUUCAGAUUCCCCAGGGGGCCUUAUUACCAUCACUAAAUGCAAUGGAUCAUCAAAGCAACGCUGGGCUUUCAUGGCGGAUGCCACAAUCUUGAACCCCAAAUCUGGGUUGGUCAUGGAGGUUGAAGGCUCUCAAGUUUCCCGAAGCAAAAUUAUUUUAUACCCCAUAAAGGGUCGUUCUAGCCAACAAUGGACUUUAUUCUACUAA